UUGCGAGAUCGAAGUGGCGGUAAAUUUGAUAUUUGAAAUGUUAAAGGUUUAUGAUGUGCUUAAUUGUUAAACUUAUCAGUCGUAAUGGGUAGCCCAGAGGAAAACGUGCGCACAUGUGAACGCAAUACUGAAACAGAAUCGCAGGAAAACGAAAUAAGUGGUGAAAUUUCGGACAAUGAAGCUGCCGAUACGUCAACAUCUCUCGCUAACAUAUCCACUGGUCAAUCUGCAUCAGAAGCCAAUAAUUCUAAAGACGACGCCUCAGGCAGUUGCAAAAAAUCGAAAAAGAAAUCUCGUCACGGCAAAAAAGGGCAUGUGCCUACCAAAGACAACACUGACAGAAGUACAGUGCGGAGAGUACACUAUCCAGUAACAAAAUUCAAACAAGCUAGGAAAAGAGCUCAAAGCUUUCCUACGAUAUCCAAAUUCUUUUUACCACUCAAAAGACCUCGAAAAGAAGUGUUUAUACCACCAACUAAAUUCCUUUUAGGUGGUAAUAUAUCUGAUCCUUUGAACCUUAACAGUCUUCAAGAUGAAGAUAUCAACAGGGCUAUGAAUGCUGUGACACCUGAGUCAUCCCCGUUGCCCACUCCACCAAGACAUAAGGCAAAAAUUGAUGUAAUAAUACCUCCCAACAUAAGAGAUCCCUUAAAUUUAAUGGAGCCAGUUGACAAUGAGGAGUAUGAAAAGAGGUUACAAAUGCAGCAGAGUAAACCUCGUAAGAAGGCAAGGAUAAGACGUCGAACCACUGACACAUCUGCUACACCUACAACAGAGGCAGUUGUUGAAACUGAAGUGGGAACAAUAAAAGAACCACCACCCCCUGAGCCUUCAACCUCCAAAUCACGUAAAAGAUCAUGUAGUGAUAGUGAAAAUUCAUCGCAAAAAGGCAAAGAUGGUAAAAAGUUGCGUCGCAUGGACUCUCUAGAUAAAAUAGUAAGUCCCGUAGUACCUCAGCCGGGGGCAUGGAUGCGAGCUCGACCGCAGCCGCGGGCGGCGCCUCCAGAGCGUCCUGUGUCCCCACAUCGCACCAAACUGAAGAGCAAGACAGAAGGAGAGCAAAAGUUACCGACGUUUUAUCCAAAAAAUACCAGAUACCAAUAUGGAAAUUAUGACAGGUAUUACGGUUACCGCAAUUUGAACGCCAUGAUGGAUGUCCGUCUGCAGGUGUUCGAUAUGCACCGUCACCUGUUCCAGAACAAGGACGUAUUGGACAUCGGCUGCAACGUGGGCCACAUCACUAUUGCAGUCGCGCGGACCCUCGGAGCGCGGUCUGUUGUCGGCAUGGACAUAGACUCGACACUCAUAGGGCGAGCGCGGAAGAACCUAAACUCUUUCAUUCCGGUGCCCACGGAAGCGUCAAAGACUGAAGAAGAUAAAAAGCCGGACGAUGAAGAAAAGAAGUCGGAUUGUGAUAAAUGCAAGAAGGUGAAAUGUGGUGAAUGUUCAGAUCCCAAGCAGGACAAAUGCGAGGACGGCAGGAAAUUAAACAAGAAGAUCAGGCGGCCCAGGAAAAAUAGGAAAGCGUUGAAUAGACAGGAGCAUGGCCAAUGUUUCUUCCCAAUGUCUAUGUCCAUGCUGUAUGGGCCACUAGGCAACUCGGCUGAGAACUUAACUCCCGCCACUUUCCCGCACAACGUCACAUUCAAACAGGGGAACUACGUCCCUCGCGAAGAUAUCGCGGUAGGCUCUGGCGAGAGUCCACAGUUCGACUUGAUCUUGUGUUUGUCCACCACCAAGUGGCUUCACCUCAACUGGGGCGACGCUGGCUUGAAGCGGGCGUUUCGACGGAUGUUCAACGACCUACGUCCUGGUGGAAAACUGGUGAUAGAGGCACAGAACUGGGCCAGCUAUAAGAAGAAGAAACGGUUGACGCCGACAAUCUACGAGAACUUCAACGCCAUCGAGUUGUUCCCGAACAAGUUCCGCGAGUACCUCCUUUCCCCAGAGGUGGGGUUCAGCAAGUGCUGCAUACUGGGGGUACCUCAGCACGCUAGCAAGGGCUUCCGACGACCAAUCCAGUUGUACAUUAAAGGCGAUUUUACUCCAAGCAAGGCUCGAUGGUCGGACGCGUAUGCGCCUUCCUCCCACCAUAGGCCUGAGGCUGAGCCGCCUGUGAGGACAGUUUAUGCUCCAGUGGAGCCGGCGUAUAGGCCUAGUGAUGACGCGCCUUCCUGUGGGGCGGCUACUCCGUAUUCUCCCAACUUGGAUUGCAGCGCAGACGAUUCGCCGUUCUACAACCCGCGUAGUGAUACGUACGCGCCGUCAUGCCAACCGCCCCGGCCGACAGUGUACGCGACACUGCCAUCGCCGUUGGGCAGUGCUUCCCCCGCUGCCUCCCCUGCUGCGUCCCCCGCCCCAAGCGCGUCCCCCGCUCCCGACCCCAUCUCCGCCCGCGGGUAUCCGGAGCCGAGGCACGACGACUGAGCCCGAGCGCCCCCGAGUAUUCCCGAGCGCGACGACGGAGAAUCUUCAUUGUAAUAGCCCUAGUUCAGACGGCGGAAUCUGCGCGGACGCUAACAACGCGGAAAUUAUAAAAUGGUAUAGGUAGCGGCUUUUUCAUCCUUCCACUUUCGCGUCGUAUAUCUGUUGGUUGGAGGAUAUAGAAGCCGAAAAAGUCGAAUAUCACCUAUAAUGAUCGAAUCGGAUUUUUAUAGUACUAUGGUAUAGGUAGCGGCGUCUAAAUCCUUCCACUAUCGCGUAGUAUAUCUGUUAGUUGGAGGACUUAGAAGCCGAAGAAGGUCAAGACUCAGCUAUUACAAUCGAGUUGCUUUGUUUUUUAUAGCAGCGUGGUAUAGGUAACGGCUUUUAAAGCUUUCCACUAUCGCGUCGUAUAUUUCUUGGUUGGAGGAUGUAGAAGCCGACGAAGGCCAAGACGCACCUGUCACGAUUGAUUUGGUCGAAUUUUAUAGUAGCAUGGUAUUGGUAUCGGCUUCUACAUACUUCCACUAUUGCGUCGUAUAUCUGUUGGAUGGAGGAUGUAGUAGCCGAGGAAGGCCAAAACUCACCUUUCACGAUCAAAUUGUUUGGAUUUUGUCGUCAUGAAUGUGAAUGAAGCGA